UGUACAUUCAACUCCGACCUUGUCAACCAUCUUCUUCACUUCAUACCAACCACCCCAAGCGAGAGUGACCAGAAGCAGACGUGUUGAUCAAGCUGUUCCUUCUGCCAACGUGCAAAUCUGACUAGCAAUGGCCGACUAUAGCAAGAAGAAGAAUGAAGAGCUCAUUGCUCUCUGCAAAGAGCGCGGCUUGCCUCACACUGGCAAGAAGGCAGACUUCGUCAAGCGACUGGAAGACGAUGAUGCCAAGCAGUCAAUAACCGGUCCGGCUUCAGCAGCCUCCGCUAAGCCUCCAAUCGAGGACGAGAUUGACUGGGAUGACGAGCCAGCAAACGAUACGGCAAAAGCAGCGACAACCACCCAAGCCGCCAAAGCCAUAGCAGCGGGUGGGAUUGGCGAAGUUCCCAAUCCCGUAGCUGUGCCCAAUCAGGUCCUUGCUGAAGACCCAGCCAAAACCGAUGACCUUACAGUAGCCGCCGCGCCUGCUGCGAAUGGUGAAGCAGCUGCCGAGGAGCCUGUACCGGCAAAAGAUUUCACCAGCGGCAUCUCCGAGCGAACUAUUGACGAAGAGAUCGAGAAGCGGAAAGCGCGCGCUCGCAAAUACGGCUUACCCGAAGACAGCGACGAAAUCAAGAUGCUCGAGCGCGCGAAAAAGUAUGGCGUGCAAGAUGCUUCCGCCGUGCCAGGUAUGUUGAACAAGGCGUUGAGUGAGGGUAGAGAGAGGAAGAGGGCGCUGGAUGCGCCGUUGUCUGAGGGCGGCGUGAGGAAGCGAAGUAGAGGACCGCGGCGAGGCGGCGCUGCUGGUGCUGGUGCCGGUGGCAGCAGACAAGCUAGUGGCAAGCCUUCGGAAAAGAAGGAGAACGGAGCAACGUGGAUGUCUGACGUUGACAGACAGAAGGCCGAGGCGAGAAAGGCGAAGUUCGCAGCGCCUGCUUAAGCGGCGAGCGUUGGGAGUGGUACUGGUCUCACCUAUUUCAAGCCUCGAGAGCAUCUCCUCGACUGGCCUCUGUAACCUUAACAUCGACGCGCGAGACAUCUGGAAUUAAGCGGAGAACGCCACUUGGGCGACGGUAUAUGUCUAAUGCAGCAAGCUCUGCGUGUCUUUCCCAGCCGUGCCCCAUCAUCACGCUGCGUUCAAGUCAUCCU